CACAGAAAACCUUUAGAGCAUGCAGCCUUACAAGAAAGGAACCAAAAUCCUUGUGGCCGUUGUACAUAUAAGUUCCCUUUCAAUCUGCAGAAAGGGCAACGAAGACUUGAAAGUUCCACUGCAAUCUGACAGAUUAAGGAUGGCUGGAGAACAGCUCAAACCUGUUGCAGGGCUGCUCUUGUUCCUCAACUUCUGCAUGUACACAAUAAUUUUGGGUAUUGGUGGCUGGGCAAUGAACAGAGCUAUCAACCAUGGUUUCGUCAUUGGUCCAGGAUUUGAACUGCCAGCACACUUCUCACCAAUAUACUUCCCAAUGGGGAAUGCUGCCACUGGAUUCUUUGUGGUGUAUGCUUUGAUUGCUGGUGUGGUUGGAGUUGCAUCAGCCAUCUCCGGGUUGAACCAUAUUCGCUAUUGGGAUGUCGAUAGUUUGCCUGCUGCUGCCUCUGCCGCUACCAUUGCCUGGACUCUUACGCUUCUCGCCAUGGGUUUUGCCUGCAAAGAGAUUGAACUGCAUUUUAGAAAUGCCCGCCUGAGAACAAUGGAAGCUUUCAUCAUAAUUCUGUCCGCCACUCAACUCUUUUACUUAGCCGCCAUCCAUGGAGCUGCAUCAAGGAGAAGAGCUUGAGAAUGAACUUUACAUCCUGUGAUAUUUGUGGUGUGGUACAUGUUUGAUACUUCUGAAAUUUUUUACAUUUUUUGUCAGUUUCCUCUCUGUUUAUGUAAUAGAACAAGGGCACAUGGAAUACAUCCAUUGCCAGAUUGACGUAAGAUUCCAAUUAUUGGAUUGACUUGUGUGAAUGAAAUAAAGGCAUGGUUGCAUUUUGGAAAGAAAUCUCAUUCUGUUCAUGCAUUUCAAGAACUGUAUUACAAACUACUGUCACAUGCCCUUUUUUUUCAAAAAGUUAUGCAACAGUUAAAUAUUAAAUACCAAAUAUAGUACCCAUAAUACCAUUUAUACACAACCAAACAUAUUCUGAAGAAAUCCGGUCUAAUGCUAUUUUCUGUUCCGUGAGAGCUACAAAGAUGAAAAUUCCACAAAUCAAAACCAUAUUGGAAGCC